AUGGAAGCCCAACAAGAACAAAAUCAACUUGAGAACGCAUUAGCCGUCGAUGCCGACAUGACAGACAAGGGUGUCGACAAUGGCGGUACACCCAAGAACGAAUCCGCUGAGACACUCCGACUACGCAAUCUGGAUGCCGAGGUGCAAGACCAAGAUGACGUGGAACGCAACCUUGGACGGAAGGCAGAUCGCAUGCUUUUUGAGCAAGCCAACGAUCGUGAUCAAACAAGACUGGACAAGACCCUAGCGCAGAAGGAGAAGCUGCAGAACCAAAUCCGGAAAGCACGCGAGGAAAUGGGUCGUCCGGUCGGGACCACUCGGCGAGCACGGCUGCGCGUUGAGAUUGACCGGAUGCAAGGUCAAAUUCAAGAUCUGCAAAAUGAUAUUGCUGAAAUCGAAGAAAGAAUGAGAGAAAGAGAGACAGAUGCCAGCCUGGUCGGUCAACAUGAUGCAUCAUCUACCGGACGGCUGCCGAAUGAGACGCAACGCGACUAUUUAAUUAGAACAGGCAAGAUUACUCCAUUUUCCAAGUUUGGUCUGUCGACUCAUGGCGAGUCAUCCACGACCCUGCAAGGCGCGCUACUGGAUGCCGAGGAAGAGCCUGAACUUGGCGAGAUUCUUCCUGAUAUUCACGGUGACAAGUUGAUGUCCCAUCGAAACCUCCGGCAGCCCGGUUUUGCCUCUAGUUUUGCCGACUCAAGUGCCGAAGAAGAAGUUGACCUUGAACAACCACGAAAACGGAGACGUCUAGCAGCCAGAGAAUCGAUCGCAAGAAAUGAGGACUCUUCAUACGAUGAAGACUCAGUUGACGAUGACGUUCUCUCCGAUGCCGAAGAGGACGACAAUGAGGACAUGCCCGUCACUUCUGGAAAGCAAAAGAGGUCACGUCAGAAGGCAGCAGGUCAAAUCGGCGAUGACGUUGAAGAUUUUAGAGGCGUCGAUGAUGGUACCGAGACAAUUUAUCAAUCCCGAGUGAAGAGAUGGGCCUUGAGGAGGCGACGAGCCCGGACGCAUGCGUCUGGUCCAACCCAGAAUAAUGAGGACGAUGAAGUGCUUGAUGGCGAAUCUUCGUCAGUCGCGCUAGAAGAAGCACACCUCCCACAUCCAGAGAUCCCGGACACAGUCUUCAAUGACGGUUACAAGAUUCCCGGAGACAUAUAUCCCAGUUUGUUCGAUUAUCAGAAGACCGGAGUACAGUGGCUGUACGAGUUGUAUACCCAACAGGUAGGAGGAAUCAUCGGGGAUGAGAUGGGCUUAGGAAAGACCAUUCAAAUGAUUGCCUUUCUGGCAGGCCUGCAUUACAGCAGAAAGCUGACCAAGCCCAUAAUCGUCGUUUGUCCCGCGACCGUCAUGAAACAGUGGGUCAACGAAUUUCAUCGCUGGUGGCCUCCAUUUCGAGUUACGAUCCUGCAUUCUUCGGGCAGCGGCAUGGUCAAUCUGCGCAAUGAGUCGAGCAAGGAAGACGAGUUGCUUGACCUUGAAUGGGAUCCAACGCUCAGGAACCGACCACUGACCCCAGCUCAAAAAGCGGCUCGAAACAUGUUGAAGCCCGUCUUCGAAGAUGGCGGCGGAGUUCUUGUAACGACGUACUCUGGCCUCCAGACCUACGCCCCUCUUCUCAUUCCAGUUGACUGGGAGUACGCGAUACUGGAUGAAGGACACAAGAUCAGAAACCCUAAUACGGCCAUAACUAUCUACUGCAAAGAACUGCGUACUCCGAACCGCAUUAUUCUCUCUGGCACUCCGAUGCAGAACAACCUUAUCGAAUUGUGGUCACUGUUCGACUUUGUGUUUCCCAUGCGUUUGGGCACCUUGGUCAGCUUCCGAAAUCAGUUCGAAAUCCCCAUUCGACAGGGCGGCUACGCAAAUGCAUCUAAUCUGCAGGUUCAGACGGCAUUCAAAUGCGCAGAAACCCUCAAGGACGCCAUCAGUCCAUACUUACUUCAGCGGUUUAAAAUCGAUGUCGCUUCUGAUCUUCCGAAGAAAAGUGAACAGGUGCUAUUCUGCAAGCUCACGCCGUUGCAGAGAGCUGAAUACCAGCGCUUCCUUGAUUCAAACGAAAUGGGAGCAAUCAUAAACGGCAAAAGGCAAGUUCUCUAUGGUGUUGACAUACUGCGGAAAAUUUGCAAUCAUCCAGACCUCACGGGUCAUAAACAUCUGUCCGUCAAGCCAGGCUACAAUUAUGGUGAUCCAUCCAAAUCUGGGAAGAUGCAGGUCGUUGGUGCACUCCUUGAAUUGUGGAAGGAGACUGGCCACAAAACUCUUCUCUUCGCCCAGCAUCGAAUCAUGCUCGACAUUCUGGAGAAAUACGUCAGAUCAUUCUCUGGGCUCAAGUAUCGUCGUAUGGACGGCAAUACGCCCAUUCAGCUAAGGCAGAGCAUGGUCGACGAGUUCAACACAGACCCAGAUCUCCACGUCUUUUUGUUAACCACCAAGGUGGGUGGACUGGGCAUAAACCUGACUGGAGCUGAUAGAGUUAUCAUCUAUGACCCUGAUUGGAACCCUUCGACGGAUCUGCAAGCUCGAGAAAGGGCCUGGCGUUUAGGCCAGAAGCGAGAGGUAACAAUCUAUCGUUUGAUGACGGCUGGGACCAUCGAGGAGAAGAUUUAUCAUCGUCAAAUAUUCAAGCAGUUCCUGACAAACAAGAUCUUGAAGGACCCAAAACAGAGGCAGACCUUCCACCUAAACGACUUGCAUGACCUCUUCACUCUUGCCAAAGAAGGCGAGCCCACUGAGACAAGCAACCUUUUCCAAGAUGCCGAGGUAAAAUAUCCUUCUGGGCCAGCCAAAGCUCAUGAGGCAGGCGACAAGGACGCAGACAACAACAUCGCCCCCAAGUCUGGCGACACAAAUAUUGAGACGCUGCCUGGUAUUUCGUCUAUGGAGCGGUAUGCUGGAGAGAUUGUGGAAGAAGCCAACGCGAACAAGGAAGGCUCCACCAAUUCAGAGGACAGAGUGAUGGAAGGCAUUUUCGCACGAUCUGGUAUCCAUUCUGCUGUGGAGCAUGACGCGAUUAUUGAUGGCAACAAGACCGGCAAGAAAGUCGCCGCUGAUCCAGUACUGAUCGAGCAGGAAGCUCGAAAGGUAGCUGCAGAGGCUGCCAGAGAGUUGAGGCGCGCAGGUGAUGCGGCUCGACAUGUCCCCAUAGGCACACCUACCUGGACCGGACAGUUUGGGGUAUCUGGUCGGCCACAGGAGACGACAGCUCAGAGGGCUUUCAGUUCGGCUGCUCGUUCCAGAGGGGGAGCCAUACAGUCAACAAGUCUGCUUGCAAACCUACAACAGCGCCAGGCAAAUGCCAUAGGUAGCCGUGUUGCGACGCCACGCACUUCGAGCCCUGCAAGAUCUUCGGUUUCUACCGCCUCGACUUCCAGGGCUGGCACACCGACUGCGCCGCAAAGCAAAGACUUCGGCAAGCUCAUUCGCGAUUUUCUCAACGCCCACGGAGGUGCCACGUACACCCAGAUGCUUAUCGAUCAUUUCAACCGGUACUGCACAACACCCCAGGCCACGAUGGAUUUCAAAGAGACUCUGAAGAUGAUCGCCAGGCUCGAGAAGGGUAGUCGAGGCAGAGGUCGAUGGGUGUUGAAGGAAGAGUACAAGAAGUAG